AAAUUUGUUUUCUAUGAUAUCAAUGUUCAUGUUUUACUAAUAUAUUAAAAAUUCUGUUUUUAUAACGCAUUAUUUAUUCAAUCACGAGAGAUGCUGAUAAUAAUAUAUCAUGCUACAGAUGAUCACGCAUUUGAAUUAUCUUCAAUGCCAACGCUUUCAUCUUCCAAAUAUAUCUCUCCAUUAAAUAUCGAAAUGUCUCCGAUAUCACCAUCAGCGUUUAUUCAUGGAUCUGACUUGCCUAUGUCUUCUAUUCCUUCAAGUAUUGGCGAAAUUUAUUCGUCAGAAGCUGUCAAGAUGAAACUCCGUUCAGCGUUGAUGCCGGAAUCGACUACAUCAUUGCCAGGCAACAACUGUAAUGCGCCAAUCGACAGCUCUUCAACAACCAUUCCAUCAAUCUCAGUUAGCACAAACCAAUCCUCGAUUGUAGGUCAUAUCUUAACGAGUUUAACAACGAAGACCAGUUCGCCUGUCAUGGAUACAGCAACAUCAAUAGCACCGAUUGUCGGAAACACCCUCGGACCAAUUCAGUUUCACGCUACUAAACAUGGAGCUGUUGUGACAUCUUCUCUUCCCACCCAGAAUGAGUUAAAGAGCAAUAUACAUGUUCACUUGUUCAUGAACAUGCCAAAGAAUAGUUUCAAGGCCAAUGAGCACGAUCUUAAAUUCCUGUUUCCGGAAACGCUGAAGGACGACAUUAAAACUAGCACCCAAAAUUCUAUGUUAAAUUACAUCUCUGAAGAGCAUAAGAGCGGGUUGAAGGGUAUUCAGAACUCCUUCACAGACUAUGCGUUGCCCGAGGGAUUUAAAUACGGAUGGCCUUUACAAUUCUCACAAGCAGAAACGUCAUUCGCUCCACUAUCCCUGAACGGAAAGACAAACUUUGUUCAAUCAAACAUAUCUGCCAUACCCAUUUCGAUUAAUUCUUGGCCAAUGGAGACCAACGGCGACUUUAGCACAAUGUUACCACUGAAGUCCAUAAUAGCGACUAACACGACGACAAAUAACCAUUUGCCAUUAAGCAUGAGUUUACCUUCGGAUUUUAUGGCAAGCAUACCAAGUCCAAGUAUAUCCAAUAGUAUAUCUGGAAGCAUAACUGGUGGCAUAUCAACAGGCAUACCUAGCGGCAUGAUGGCGGACAUGCCUGCGAGCAUACCAACUUUGAAUCUCGGGCAAAGUUUACACCGUGUGGAACAAUUACGACAAACUCAAGAAGCAAGAAAUCCCUGGUACCCCACAGGUAUCUUAGCUAUACGCUAAGUAAGUCUUAUAUUUCUCUUUGAUUCUGAACGUGGUGCUGUAACAUAGUAUUUUUAAUGCAACAUAAGUUUCUCCGAAGAUACGUACAUUCGGCGAGAGUGCUUCAGAAUUUAAUAAAAUAACGG